AUGUCAUCCGAUCCCAAGCUGGAACUCGAACCCAAGGAAGAGCAAAGCAGUCCAGAUAGCUCGAAGCCUCAAUCUAAGAAGAAGAGAGGACCACCUACAGCGAAUCGACGCCGCACAAAGACCGGCUGUCUAAGUUAUCAAGCGGCGGCGACCCGCUCACCAGCACAUCUGGAGCAAUUCCCGCCACCAUCGAACUACUUUACUCCGCUACAUCAGCAACAUAUGGCAGCAUUGCAGCAGAUACCUCGCCGUGGUAGCUUAACACCUGGCUCGACACUAGGAUCUGAACACCCUACAUAUUUUACUUAUGACGCCGCUACCAUCAAUCGCAGCCACGGAGAACCAGUUUACGAAGUAGCAUUCGGAACUGAUCAACAACAGCUAACACCUGCACAUGAACUAGGUACUCCUCUGAUUGGACCCUACCCCGAUCAAUGGUAUAGCUGUUAUGCAGUUGGUUCGGAGAUGCAUACGACUACAUACUCUCCAUACCCUGAACCCGGUAGGCAGCCCCAAAUGCCUCCAAGCAUAGAUGCUCCUGGUUCGCAGGAUCACAUCGUGUCUCAAUUGCCGAGCUCGCUUUCAUUCGGAGGAAACAAUUCUGCUACCAAUACUGACUCACAGAAGUCUUCUUCUAGGGAAGGCCAAGCGCAAAAGGCUACUGCUAUAUUGCCACAACCCUCGUUAGCCACAAAUUCAGAGCCUGGACCGUCUCAUCGACCCAACUUCAUACCUACAGCACGUCACUUUCAGCAUGCUUUUGAUGCAUACGAAGACCCAGAUGAUCCCUGGGACGUAGAGGAUGAUGACUACGACAACCACGAUGCCCUCAUUGCUUCCACAACCUGUCAGAACCUCAUCUUGGAUGAGAGAAUGGCCUACUUACUCAAACACUUUGUGACAAUAUUGAGGCCUUGCAUGUCAGUUCAUGAAAAAUCUGUGACAUUCGAUGGCUCUUCAACUUUUGCCGAAAUCCUUCCGACGCGAGCCCUGUCUUCCAGAGGCCUUUUGCAUGGGAUCCUGGCAACCAGUGCCCUUCACCUAGCAGUACUGCACAGAACCAGCGACGUCGUUCCAUUGAAACAUUUCGUUAUUGCGUCAAGGAAAAUGGCUCAGCUCAUAUCUAAUCCUUCUAGCCGACAUCAACUCGAGACACUUGGCUUAUGUCUGCUUCUUGCAUUCUAUGAAGUGCUCCUGGGAGACCAUGCCCGAUGGGUUUUGCAUCUUCGUGGCGCUGCAGCAUUGAUGAUGGAGCACGACUUUGCCGGAUUCAUAAGGGCCACUCGCGAAAGACGAGCCCAAGCAAGAGCACUUUCGGCUCAACCACAAUCCAAUCGCCAAGGUAUAUUGUUAGAGGACUGGUUUCGAAUGUCUGACCUACCGUCCGCACUAGCAUCGGACGAAGAAUGGGACGUGGAUGAUGCAUUGAUCCGCAAGUUGACAGGGUUGGAAAUAGAUUAUUCAUGUCAGCUUCAAAACCAGGCAAAGACAGUAGCCACGACUGAGCAUUUGACGCAGCAGGAGGCCUUGGACUGGCGUACUAAGAUCGACCUCUUCUGGUGGUAUGCCAAAAUGGACAUCUUCCAGAGCAUUCUGAGUGGCGACCGAUUGCUACUUCCAUAUGAAAAUUGGCGAUAUGUGCCACCGAGGGGUCAACUGGGGUCUGUAGAGCAGCUUCAUGCUACAAUGGACCAUCUAUGGCUCGUACUUGGCAGGAUUGCUGACUUCGCGGCCAAGGAUCGGGCUCGAAAGCUACGUAAGAUUGCGGCUAACGGCGGCAUUUGGAAGCCAGAACCUGGGUUCCUUGCCGGACAGAAAAUGCCCCCUAAAUCUCGAAGCGAAAGUCAGAGCUCAGGGUCGACAACGAUGGAUUCGAAAAACACAAAGCCGCCUGGAGCAAACGAAGGAAGAGCGCGUAUGCCGAAAAACACUGGUGACGCCGCAGCAUCAAAGAGAGGACCGCCGUUGUUCUUCGGUAUGAUGCCUCCUCCCAAGAUUCCCCCUUCGAUGUUAUCUUCUUUCCACAUCGCUGAUGCAGCACUGUGCGGUGCUGCGGAUCGAUCUCCACCAGUGUCAAGUACUAUGCAGGACGCUGAUCUCGACCUCGAAUCAACCACAAAAGCGGCCAUAGCGGAACACAAUGCUAUAUCAGAGGCGCUUGAGGUUUGGCGAACUGCUUUAGGUGAACCAUUUCAAGGACGCGACGUUCAGACCAAGAUUACAAGAGCUCCUUUCCUUACUGUCAAACAAUAUAGCGACUUCAGAAUCGCACACAUCUGGUCGUUCUACUACCUUGGCAGGAUCCUGCUACGGAGAUGUCAUCCAUACUCACCUCCAGCAAUGAUGGUCUCAGCUGGUGUGAAUGCGGCCUUCACUGCUGCUGAUGCAAAUGCUAUCGGCCAGAUUAACGCCGGAGUUCUAGAGUCUCAAGCGGAAUACGCGCGAAUAGGAUCCAUCAACCCUACCUUGGUUGCGGUAGUGCAGGAGCUGACCUUCCCCAUCAUGUUUGCUGGUGUGCAGUAUCGUGAGCCAGCACUGCGAUCAUGGACUAUAGAGAGUCUGCUUGACGUAGCUAAACACAGUGGAUGGCGAAGCUCUCAUUCCGUGGCGUUUGCUCUUGAAACAGCAUGGGCGAAUCAAGGAGAAUACACACGGACAUUGGCUCGGCGGGAUGCCCAUGAACCCUCUAAUGCAAAUCUUGCUUCUAACGAUUUGGGUGCAACCCCAGAAGCAUUGCAUGAGAGCCGCUUUGUCAAGCAUGAUCGCCGACUGAUCGAUCGCUUUUCCGACACACGAGCUUACUGGGCGAUGGGCCUGCUCUCAUCACAAGAUGACCUGCAGAAGAUAAUGGGUCAUCUGGAAAUAAGUCGUGACUGA